AAUCCAUUGGCUCAGCGGAGCGAGGUGAACGCAGCUUGCGACCCUGUCAAAGACCGACUUCUGACGGAACAGGAAGUUUGAUUUAAAGAGCACAAUGCCGGAUUUUUGUUGGAAGGCUGCUUUGGAGAAACUGCCCUUUGCAGACGGCCCCUGCCGUUCAAAUCGAUCCCAGCAUGCCCCGCGCCGCUAACGGCUCCAUACCAUAGACCUCAUUGCCGGGUGGCCGCAGGCCGAGAGGGGUUCGGGCAACAGGGAGCCGAGCCGGAUCGGAUCGGACCGGACAUUCCAGAGCGGGACACCGAACCCAACUCCGGGAUCGCGGUGCGACACGGGCGGCGGCGGGGACGGUCCGAGGAGGUGGAGAGCGAAUUGCGUGGUGGUUGUGGUGGUGGCUGCGGCGAUCGGGCGGCGGGGGGGGGCUGGACCAGAACCGAGCUGAACCCUUCUGGAUCUAAUCCGAACUGACCCGGGCGCCAUGGCCGAGCCAGUACAGCCCCAGACCCCGAGCCGACACGAGAAGAGCCUGGGCUUGCUCACGACCAAGUUCGUUACUUUGUUGCAGGAGGCCAAGGAUGGAGUUCUGGAUCUGAAAGUUGCAGCUGACACCCUUGCGGUCCGGCAGAAGCGGCGCAUCUAUGACAUCACGAACGUGCUGGAAGGGAUCGGGCUGAUCGAGAAGAAAUCGAAGAACAGCAUCCAGUGGAAGGGGGUGGGGCCGGGCUGCAACACGCGGGAGAUCGCCGACAAGCUCAUCGACCUGAAGGCCGAGCUGGAGGAGCUGGACCGGCGCGAGCACGAACUGGACCAGCAGAAGGUGUGGGUGCAGCAGAGCAUCAAGAACGUCACCGACGACACCCAGAACAGCAGAUUAGCUUAUGUUACCCAUGAAGACAUCUGCAGCUGCUUCAAAGGCGAUACCCUCUUAGCUAUUCGAGCCCCGUCUGGCACGCAGUUAGAGGUCCCAAUUCCAGAGGCGGUCAUGAACGGGCAGAAGAAAUACCAGAUUCAUCUGAAGAGCACGUCGGGGCCUAUCGAGGUGCUCCUGGUCAACAAAGAUACUGCCAGCUCACCGCCCGUGGUGCUGCCUGUUCCUCCCCCCGACGACCUGUUCCAGAGCCUGCCCACGCCCAGCACUCCCACCACCCCCAAACGGACGCCUCUGGCCUCCCAGCCCAGCACUCCCCAACCUGCGCCAUCUGCACCCACACCUGCCAGCCAAAGCACCCUGCCCAGCCCGGCUUCUGCUUGCCAGCCAGCCAGCGCCAGCAGGGUGCCCAUCACCGACGCCUCCAGUAACACCCCCGGUGAACUUGACCUUGCCCAGCCCACCGCAGAGACACCAGCCAAUCAGACGCCGUCUUUGGACACUCAAGCUCUUCAGUCCUCGGCCUCAUUGGACAGCAGUUCUACCCUUCCGGCCUCCUCCACAGUCUUCGAACCUAUCAAAUCAGAUCCUUCAGAAUUGCUGGACUUCCCCAAAGAUCUUUCAGAAAUGUUUGACCCUACUAAAGAAUGUAUGAGUGCAGACCUGCUGGAGGAGCUCAUGACUUCAGAAGUCUUCUCUCCCCUGCUACGGCUGUCUCCUCCCCCUGGUGACCACGACUACGUCUACAACCUGGACGAAAGCGAAGGCCUCUGUGACCUUUUUGAUGUCCCUAUACUUAACCUUUGACCCCUGAACUUUGCCAUUGGGCGCUUGUGAAUAGGAACUUGACAUAAAGCAAAACUAAUAUUUUUACCCUUUUUUGAGACAAGAUAAAUGAAUAUUCUAUUUUUGGAGCUUUUUUUUUUGUUAUAAGCUGUUUGGAUGGAUGAACGUUUUUUCCCCAAAACUUUUUAAAUUUCCUGGACACAGACAAGCUGGUUUAAUCUGAACAAUAAGACUAGUAAUUGGUGUUAUUACUGGGUGUAAUGGCACUAAACAAAUGAGCGUUCUCCUCUUGGCCCGGUAGCUUUAAAUUAAAACAAAACUUACAUUGGAGUACAAAGUUAACUUGACGAAUUUGUUCUAGGUUUUGAACAUAUCUACAAAAUAUUGGCAAAAGACACUAAAACACUCUGCCCAUUGCCUUGAGUUCAAAGAAGCUCUUCUUUCUCUGGUGAAGAAUGAAGUUACAGGUAGAAGCAGGAAGAAGACAGUGAUGGAGGAGGGCACAGGAAGUCGAGAACAGUACUGCUUUGAGGACGCUUUUUUCCCCCCAGGAGGUGGCGCUAUAAGCCUGUCUCCUAGCUGUCAGAAAGGAUUUCAGUGGAGCCGCUGGAUUCUCACUGUGAAGAGCACUGCAGCCUGCACCAUCCCGAUGCUUCGCCUGUCUCAAGAGCAGCGUCAGCACAGCAAAGAGCGCUGCCUGGCAGCUCAGACUGUGUGGAAACGUGUUAGUCUGCAGCCCCCUGCCCCCAUCUUUCACCCCCGUUUCUGUAAACAUGUGUGGAAGGUGCAUUUCAGUUUGCCAGUGUAAAUGAAGGCUUAUCACAGUUGCAGUACAAUUAAUAUCAGGUCUUUUGAAGGUACACAUAACAUUUUAAAGCUGUGUCAGCUUGGGCUAUUUUUAGGUCGCAGCUGAUUAAGAAUUGCUUAGAAAGGGCAGUACUAUAAUAUAAUGUAAUGUUUAAACAAUAAAGAGCGUGUAAAACAAUAUAAAGAAAACCCUGCGUUGAAGAUCUGAAAAGGGAAGGGCUCAGGUGUCACUAAAUUCAAGGCUUCUCUCUAACGCACCACGCCUGUUUGUGUAGGUCCCUCCUGAUCCACCUCCUGUCCUUUUGACUGCAAAAUGAUUUUAUUCACUGCUUUUUACUGCCACUUUUUACAGCUGACAGUUGAACUGUGCGUGUGUAGGUACAAACCACGGAAAUCUGCCCACUUUCUGUGGAGAACAGUACGAUGCUGUAGAUUGUUUGAAACCAUGUGAAAUGCGAUCUACCACCCACCUCGAAAAUAAAAAAGAAAUCACUGCAGCAACUGUUGGAAAACAUUUCAAACUGUUUUGUUUCAUUUCCACCUCAAUUUCCCUUCUUAGAAUUACAAACCCGUAAUAGAUAAAUGAGUAAAUUGAAAUUGAUUUUGCCCAUUACAGUUUAAGUGCAUCUGGCAUCAAUUUCCAUUUAACCAUGUGAAUGGUUAAUUUGUGAAUCAAAGCAUUUUGCAUUGAAACAGUGGGGUAUGGUACAGGUACAAAUUUAUCUGUGACUCAAUGGUGUGACGUGCCUGGUGUGGAUAUCGGGGCUUGCGAUACAGAGCUGCCUGUGAUCACUGUGUAUAUCCGAAAGUUACUGAGCUUUCGGGAUCUCCUAUUGUAAAAUGACUCCAAAAUCCUAAAGCCAUCUCUCCUCAUUUACUAUGAGAUUUGUGAAGAUAACAUGUUGUGCUAUUGUAUAGCUGUUUGAUUGUAUUGUAUAGUGGCUGCAGUUCAACGGUGCAUGUGAAUUGAGAAAUAGAACCAUUUUUCACUUCAAGGUACUUCAGUGCCUUCUCACUUGUAAACACGGACAGAAAUACUCUUCCUGGUUAAUCAUAUAAAUGUAGUAUCAGAUAGGAAAAUGGAAUCUUGUGCUUCUGGUGCGUAAUGCAGAAUACAGAAAGAAACACUACUGAUUUAAUCAUUGUGUAGCCCUUAGAUCCCCAAGAUGUACGAUUUUCAAAUGACCUCUUUAAGAAAGAUAGGUAAAUGCAAAACCUAAAUUCUAUUGCUUAUUUCAAGUUUCUUACUCAAUUGGACUUGUGACUUUUUUACAGCCAGGAUGGACAUAGCAGACAUUUAUAAUUUACUAUCUUUCAGCCCUUCCACUGUAGUCCCUUGAGAUACAUCUGAAUAAGCUCUUCCUCUUUGUUGAAAGUCCGUGGUGUGUAUGUACAGAUUAAUUCAAUCUGCUGAAUUGUUGAAUUUACCCCACAUUAUAGAAGCACUUCGGUGAUUAUUUCCAAUUAACUUUCUGCUUGCUGUAUUUUAGGAGGUGUAGCUGUGUCUCUCUCUCUAACAUGUUAUUCCAACCUUUUGUUGUAAAAUUGGCCGUUCAGUCUUAGGCGGCUUUCUGCCAAUUCUUUUUGUCCUAAUUGUGAAAUGUGUCACGAUAUGUAGCAGGAGAGGUGCAAAACUGUGCAUCUAAAUUGGUUUCACAGCCCCCUUAUAAAUGUCCAAAUCUUACCUUAAGUAUUUUUACGUGGAAAGGAGACUUAUUUGACUGAUGUCCCUAUUAAACAGGAUUAAAUGUUUGCUUUUAUGUUGCAGUGGAGUGAAUUCCAUUUUACCAUGCUGGGCAAAACAGCUGAUCUGCAUCAGUCUAUAACGAUCCAUUCGGGCAUGGAAGAGAAUCUGAACUGUAACAGCUAUUGCAAGCAUUUGAUCUGAAGCAUAAUGUCACCUGUAGAGCAAGUUCAGUGUGCUGAUCGUGUGGCUAUAGACAGAUUGUGCCACAGCAUGCACACAUGAACCAGUCUCCUCCCUUUGGGUCUAGGUCCGUACUCCCUCUUAUACAUUUCAGGUCAAAUUGCUCAUAUUGACUUUGUUCUGUUGAUUCAGGUGACAGCUUCUGAGAGUUUGCAGGAGACUGAAUGUUUGUGUUUGAUGGUGCCAAUAUAGUGGCGUAGGUUACACAAGGGAAAUCUCUUUGGGUUCAGCUUAUGCUGUGGACUUUGUUUGCAAAGUGGGGGGAAGGAAAGUCCUGCAAAGCAGUUUGCUCAACUCCAGCGUGGGUUGGCGAGUUAAUGACCGAGUGUUAAAACCCAAAAUUUGAAAAAGCAACGCGCCUGGGAAAACCUUAAUGAUUGGUCAAGGCAUGUUCUGUGCCGGGAAAGGGGCACAUUCAUUUCUAGAUUUUUAACAAGAGAGGAAUUUUGUGUGUGUGUGCCCUUACACAUUUCCAGUGUCAGUGUGAGGCUGAAAGGGUACACUUUGCUUAUAGCAGGAAAUACCUUAUAUGUUUACAGGGACAGAUUGGGGAAAAAAAAUAUGAGUUUGUGAUCGAAUUCAUCCAUCUCAAAGAGCACAUCGCUGAGUCUGACCCCUGAAGUGUGUUGCCAUUUUACAGAGAAACUUGCCUUCCUGUUUGUUGUGCUUGAAAUUGGAAACAAAGCAUUAAUCAAAAACCACUCAUCUGGACCCUCAGUCUCUUCUGACUUCAUAAGGCUUUUUGUAGCUAAACCAGGCCUACUGAUUAAACGUAAUAAUUCAUAUCAUAUGUUUCUUAAGCCUUGUUCUUUCUUAAGUCUCAUUUUCUGCUAUGAAACCUCAAAUUUACUUUACAGCAUGGCCAGAGGCAAAGUAUUCAUUGAUCAAAAGACAGCUGUGCCAAAGUCUGGAGUUGUUUUUGUUCUUUCCAGUAUUCCCUCAAAUUCAAAAAGCUCUUCUGUCGCAAACUACUUUUCUUAGUCUUCUCGCUGAACUGCUUCUCAUUAAAGUAAACUGUACCUCCAUAUGUACAGUACACAGUAAAAAUGUGUUUUACAAAUUACUCAGAGUUGACUUUCAUGGUUUUAAGGAAGCACAAGACUCAUUUGGAAAACGAAACGUUGAUUAUUGGUGACUGUGGAGGAGGGUCAUCAGUGGUCUUGCAGUGAAUUUUUCCCAAGAUGUGGUAUAACUGCCAUUUUUUUAAGCUUUGGCCAGUCUCUUUUUGCUUGUUUUUGUGUCAUUGGUUUCUAAUAUAUUGUAUAUACUGCCUACUGUUUUUGGCUAAGUUCUGAAUGGGUUUAUCAGUUUUAAAUUCAUAGGUUUGUUUUAUACAUCUCUGCAAGCGUGUGUGUGUGUCCAUGUGCAUUUGAGUCCUUGUCUUUAACAAAAUAUCUCUUACAUCAGCCCUGCAAAAUAUCCGUUCUUUGAAAGUCCUGUUUCUUUUACAAAAUCUAACUGCCUCUCGGGGGCAGUUAGUCUGUCAGCUGCCCAAUUUAAACAUUAGUUUGAUUAUUUGUGUAAAAUACUCCUGUGUAACUGCUUGUUAAUUGCUUUACCUGUAACACUUUUACAUGUGUGUAUGUGUCUUUGUACAUUGUCCUUCACUCAGUGUGCUUUUUAAAACACUUACUGUAGAUGAGUUCACAGGUUUUUGAUGUAUUUGCGGCUUUUAAAGGAAGCACUGUUCUGUUUAUAAACAGUAAGCAUUUAUUUUUAUAUGUGUGGAAUAUGCAUCAAAAUCAUUUUUAUAUGAAAAUCUUCAGAGGUAUCAACCGAGUCAUCUCAAUAUAGCACUUUACAAAAGGAAACCGAUGUUGGCAGCACCUCCACCACUGGGGGGGUAGAGUCAUUCCACUGAAGCCUUCAAUCUCCAGGGAAUUCUUUCUAUUUUUUUAAACAUUCAGGUUUUUAGAAGCUAAAGUAUGUAAAGGAAUUUGUAACAAACUGGUUCGCUGUGCCUAGUUAUUCCCAUUCUAUGAAAAUUGAAUAAAUUUUACAAAAACAAAA